AUGAACUCCACCGAGACGACCGAAAACCCCAACCCUCCUUCGGCAUCGCCGGUAUCGCCAUCUGCGCCAUUGCAGGAUGAUAAUAGCAAGGAGAAUUCGAGCCUGCCUCCGCAGCCACCGCCCAAGAAGACGGUGAGGAGGAGGACCAAGACGGGCUGCCUGACCUGCCGAAGACGCCGCAUCAAGUGUGACGAGGGGAAGCCAACCUGCAACAACUGCAUCAAAUCCAAGAGAGAUUGCGAGGGUUACAGUAAAAGGCUCACUUUCAAGGAGCCCCUAGGCUCGUUCCCUGGCCAGGGCCUCUACGGCCACCCUGUCUAUCACCGACAAGCCCAAGAAGCACUCCUGAACGCCCAGCUAUCCGCAGCCCAGACCAAGGCGGCCUCGUCACAAGGACAACUGACCCCAAUCGCUCCGAAGCCACCACCAGGCAGUUUCGCUGAUGCUGCGUCCUAUUCCUUUGCCCAAGGAUAUCAGGUACCUGAGAACCCUCAAGUUCCGCAGGGGGUCCAGUUCUUCAAUGCGUCGCAUCAGUUGCCUAGCCCUCCCCCCUUAGUUGGCGACCCUGCCUUGUUCGUCGACCAUGGGCGUCCUCAUCUUUCCGGAGAGCCAUCUGCUCAUGGAGCUUUCUUUGCAUCUCCAACCGAUGUUCAGGGCUUCCAGCCCCAGCCGAACUUGGAGCAUGUUUCUCCGGUCCUUGCUGAGCACCAGUUCCACGCCCCCGGCCAAGAGCCUGGGCAGCCCCUGGCCUCCCUUGAUAGUGGUAAUGGGCAGCUACACAGAACAAUAUCGGCCGAAGAGGAGUACUGGCUGUCGGACGAUGAAGCCUCCAUGGGAGAGUCAGACGACGACGCAAUGCCCGACCCUCACAUGAUUCAUCUCGAGUCGAAUGACCUCGGUAUACAGGUCGCAAGACGGCUGGAACCACAGCAAGAUUUGUACGGAGUGCGCAUUAGGUCGUUUGCCGGCCUCUUCGCCGACGAAAACACCCUCGACACCUACACCCCAUCCUCUGCCAGCUCCCCUCUAAACGACUCGCAAACGGCUGCCGUGUUUUGGUAUUUUGUUAAUGUGACGGGCCAGAGUAUGUCUCUGUACGAGAGGCAUCCGUUCGAUCCCACACCCAUGUUUGAAGGCUUGCCCGUCCCAAAGGAACGCCAACACAUAUGGACUUAUACCUUCCCGAUUAUGGCCUUCAACCAUCCUGCGCUGAUGCAAGCGAUGCUUGCGCUAGGCGCCUUGCAGAUGUCAAAGCUGCAAGGGGUCCCGCCCACCGCGGCCAUGAAGCAUUACCACCUCAGUUUGAGGAGAAUUGCCAAGAACUACCAGAGUCCCAACAGGCGCACCCAACCAGCAACACUGGCAGCCACCCUCUUGCUCGGCUUCUACGAGGUUUGGAACUCGGACCAUGACAAAUGGUGCAAGCAUAUGUGGGGAGCCCGCGCCAUUCUGAGAGAGCUGGACCUCGGUCGAACGAUGAGAGAAGUACUCGCCGUGAAACGAAGGAAGAGAGAGGAGAAGCUCAGGGCUCAUCAUUGCAGCGAGAUGUGCUUCGCGACACACGGGGAUUUGUAUUCGGACCCGGGAGAUGUUGACACCGAACUGAUUUACCAGCUUACCGGUCAGAGGGUCAACUACGACACCGGUUCAGGCUAUGUUGUCGAUGACGCACACCGGCCACCGCGGCUCUCAGAGCGUGAUAUUGAGCGGUUUGAACAGCUGCGGGACCUUUAUUGGUGGUAUUGUAAGAUGGACGUCUACCAGAGCUUCCUCGGCGGAACCAGGCUGUUCAUGGAAUACGAGUCCUGGACACAGUGUGCACCUCGAGGUCCGUUCGGCAAGAUGGAUGCAAUCUUUGGCACCUAUGACUACCUGAUGCUGAUGCUGGGCCGUCUGGCCAACUUUGCGUCUCGGGAUUUGGCCCGUAAACGAAGGGCAAGAAGACCGCCAGCACCAGGCCAAGGUCCUGGCCAAGGACCCGGACAUGGUCCGCCGCCGCCGGGACACGGGCCGGGACAAGGACCGGGGCUAGGGCGCGGCCAGUCACCACCAGUGGGCCUCAUGCCCACCUCGGGCCGCGUCACCAUCCCGAGAGGGUUCACUCCUCCGCGCGAGACUACCCCACCAAGCGACUCGGCCGAGGAAUCCGACUUCGAUGUCUCCACCGCCGAGGCCAUGCGCGAGUGGGAGGCGAUCCGGCAGGCGUUUGAGCUGUUCCGCGCGGGUCUCGGGCCGGACUUUGAGCCCAUGGGCCCGGACUUUGCGCCGCCCGUCGCCACGCCCUUCGGACCCGCCCUCAUGUACCGCACCUACAGCAUCGCGGGCGUGUGGAUGAACUACUACAUGGGCCUGAUCAUCCUGCACCGGGCGCACCCGUCGAUGCCGCCCUUCGCCGUCAUCGCGGCGGGCAUGGCGGCCAAGCAGACGGGGCGGUGGGCCAACGAAAUCGCCAGGAUUGCGGCCGGCUUGCACGAGGACACGACCCACGUCACGUCCAUCAGCACCCUGGUGGGCGGGGCCUUUAUUGAGAGCUGCUUUCCCCUGUUCGUGGCGGGUGUGCAGUUCCAAGACCUCCAACAGCGGCACUGGGCCGUUCGCUGGCUGCGCGACGUUGCCCGCCUUACGGGGUGGCAGUCGGCGCGGCAGAUUGCCGAAGGGUGCGAGUCCGGGUGGAACAAGGCCGCCGAGAUUGGACGCGGACCGCCGUACCACAGCCCGCCUGACUUGGGCCCCUUGUUCCCGGAUUCGGUCUGGAACCGCCCCCGGCGGAUCGACCGGCGCAUCCGGGAGGAGCUUGAUGGCGGCGAAGGCCGGCUGGUGCUGGCCAAGUCGGAGCAGGUACACUAUGUCCUGGGGAUCCUGAGUAUCGAGAAGGAUUUGGAGGUGUUGGAUAUUGAUGGAGAGGACAACCGGCGAAGUCAGGGCAGAAACGCAGAUACCCUGAAGGAAUACCAAGGCUAG